AUGCCAGUACCACCACCCUCCCAACCCUCCCCAGCGACAUGGCACGUUGUGUUCUGGGUCCUGAUGGCUCUCGCCAUCAGUUCUAUGGCCCAGCCUGCGGGCAAAAUAUGUGGUCGCCCAGGUCGCUAUCGCGUCUAUCUAGCUAGCUCUCCCAUUCUCUGUGUCGCUGAUGCAGUUUCGAUGUUGGCCCACCUUGCUGCGGCCAUGUACUACAUGGGUAUCGGCCCCAAGAAAGCGAGUCAGCUGGUUGUGCUAGCAAGAUCCGACGACGCAAGGGAAGGAGUAGGAAUUGAAUCGAGGCCAUCGGCAGGGUUCCAGAGCCACACGUGGCCGCGAAUAUUUUUCUUCAUUAUGAGCACUCUUCCAGCCGCCAUCAAGCUUGCCUCUCUCAGUGGAGUCCCCUGGACGAAGACAUGGGGAAUGAUGUUUGUAACAUCCUUUAUAGCUAUAGAGCUGGUGACUUUGCUUUCUCGAACAAGCGAUCCAGCGGACAAGACGUCAAUAUCGGCCAGUCCAGACCUCCGCUCAAUCGAGCACGAAAAAGGAGACCAGCGGGGCCAAGUCCUUCGCGCUAAGGCCGCGCGACUGUCCCGCACCGUGGAGUUCCUCGACCUUUUCUUCUUUAGACUUGGUCUUCUCGCACACGCUGGCCUCAUAGCAUGGACAAUGGCGAUGCUACGGGGGGUAACGGCGAAUCCAUACCUCCACGACCUCUGUCUAAUCGUAAAAGUGGCCUUAGGUCUGCUCGUGACCCUCUUCUCGGUGACUGUGUGGUGGUACCUUCUCAGAGGCUGUAUCACUGGCAGUCUCCCCAAAGGGGACAGCAUGAAACGUGCUCUGAUCUGGCUACUCAAGGGUUAUUACGUGUUGCUCUUCUUGCCGGAAGAGAAGCCCCCCAAUCGGAAAACCCGUCUUCCACUAUAUUUUGAUAGCAUGAACCAAUAUGUCGUUAUUUGGUUACAUUUGUUUGCUUUCCUUUUUAUGUGUUGGUGGAUUCUACAUCCCAUUUGUAAGCGCUGGCCAACUAUUGCAAGGGCCUUACUCCUUGACCCGGGUGGAAGGGAUGCGAGCCAAGGCGAAGAGGCACGAGCCUGGAUAUCAUUUUGCUUCUUUAUGUCUAAUUUGGGGCUGUGUGUGCUGUGGUAUGCGUUCAGGUACGAUUCUACAGGCACCGUCAACCCUUCCUGGACGGACGUCUUUGCAUAA